AUGAACAUCAACACCAAUAUCAACUAUUUAAUCAACAUUGAAGCGCUUCAAAAACCAAUUGAUUCUUCACAAAUUGUUUUAAUUGAAUUCAUAAAUUUAAAUCAUGAUAUUUAUAAAAAUAUUUUAAUAACCGCUAUAUCAUUAUAUUUAAAAAAUCAUGAAGAUACUCUUAUACAGCAUUCUGAAUUAGAAUUAAUGGAAAAUUUCACUGAAUUUAAUAUAUCAAAUGAAUUAUUAUCAAAUUUAAUUUCAUCUCCUUUAACUUUAUCAAAAUCUGAAUUAUUAAUUUCAAUAUUUAUUAAAUCAAUUGAAAUUAUUGAUGGGAUAUGUUUAAGUGAUGAUGAGCAAAACCCUGAUGAUGGCUUUCCAACUGAUAAAACUUCAUUCAAUAUAACCAUUUAUGAAAAUUUAAAUAUUGAAAAAAAUUUAAUUGAAGAUUUUGAUAAUAUAACAUUAAAUUCAAAUAAUUCACAAUUUCAAUUAUUUGAAUAUUCAUAUAUAACUCAAUCUAUAACAUCACCUGAAGUAAUGGAAUUUUUAGAAAUGAAUAUAAUCCCCAAUUCAAAUUAUCAACAUUUAUGGAAAAAUUUAAAAUUUAAUAAUUUUUUAAAAAAUCAAUUAAUUGGUCAUUCUAAAAUUUCAUUAAUAUUAUCACAAAAAAGUUUAAAACCAUUAAUCUUGAAUAAUGUUAAUAAAAUUUUAUUAUUAUAUGGUCCUUCAGGUUCAGGUAAAACUUCAUUAUGUAAAGCAUUAGCACAAAAAUUAUCAAUUCAAAUGAAAUCAGGUUGUUUAAUUGAAUUUAAAUGUUCCAAAAUUUUUUCAAGAUUUUUUGGUGAAAGUUCCAAGAAUUUAGAAUUAAUUUUCCAGAAUUUCCGGAAAUUAAUUGAAAUGAAUCCAGAUAUAAAUUUUAUUUUAUUAAUUGAUGAAAUUGAAACUUUAGCAAGUUCAAGAUCAAAUUUAUUAAAACAAAAUGAAACAAAUGAUGGUAUAAGAGUUGUAAAUACUUUAUUAACUCAAUUAGAUUUCUUAAAACCUUUUAAUAAUUUCUUAAUAUUAACAACAUCAAAUAAUAAAAAUUCAUUAGAUGAUGCAUUUCUAGAUAGAUGUGAUGAAAUUUUCUAUAUUGAAAGACCAAAUAAUGAAGCUAUAAUGGAAAUUUUAAUUCAAUCAAUAAAUGAAUUAAUUGAAAAUAAAAUUAUAAUUCAUAAUGAAAAAAUAUCAUCAAUUGAUCAUAAAUUCUCCCCUGUGUUAUCAACAAUAGCCACAAUGUGUUAUGACCAGCAAAUAAGUGGUAGAAAUGUUUCAAGAUUACCUUUAAUUACAUUAGCUAAAUUUUUCAGUAAUAGAAUUCCAAUUAAUUUAUUAAAAUUUUUGGAAUCAUUAAAUAAAUUAAUUCGCGAAAAAUAA